AAAGAACCAACGGCAUGUAUUUCUCUGUGGUCAGUGUUGUGCUAUUGCUGUUCAUUUUGUGGAUGCUUGUGGUCCAGUUUUGUGGACAGAGCAACAGACGAACUGAUGGCGAUGCCAAAGAAAACAACAAACCAGAAGCUGCUUUUCCCAAACUCUUGCAUUCACUCUAUAAGCUCUUCUUUAGUACUGUUUCUCCUACUAUUUCUGGUCCUCGCUCUCUCCCUUUGCUGGGAAACAUGCUGGAUCUCGCUCAAGAUCAUCUGCCCAUCCACUUCACUGCAUUGGCACAACGCUAUGGAAAUAUCUAUCGGCUCAACUGUGGCAGCACAACUAUGGUGGUAUUAAACAACAGUGAAAUUAUCCGUGAGGCUCUUGUUAAGAAAUGGUCUGACUUUGCUGGGAGGCCUCAUUCAUACACCGGUGAUAUCGUGUCUAGUGGAGGACGAACCAUUUCUUUGGGAGAUUUCAGUGAGGAAUGGAAAGCUCAUAGACGUGUGACCCACAGUGCUCUGCAGCGCUGCACCACUGACUCCUUGCACUCUGUCAUAGAAAAGCAAGCACAACAUCUCUGUCAGGUGUUACGAGACUACAAUGAAAAGGCUGUGGAUUUAUCUGAGGAUUUUACUGUGGCUUCGAGUAAUGUCAUCACAACACUGACCUUCAGCAAAGCUUAUGAUAAAAGUUCAGCGGAGCUGCAGAAGCUGCAGGAGUGUCUGAAUAAAAUUGUUUCUCUCUGGGGUUCACCCUGGAUCUCAGCCCUGGACUCCUUCCCUCUGCUCCGGAAAUUUCCCAACCCCCCAUUCUCUCAUCUAAUGAAGGAGGUGGCCAGACGCGAUGAGCUAAUAGGGAAACACAUAGAGGAGUUUAAGAAAAGUGAGCAUAAAGAAGGUGGCACACUGACUUCUUCACUCCUGAAGUGUCUUGAACCACAACAAGGGGCAGCCAAUCACACGACUCUGACAGACACUCAUGUGCACAUGACCACGGUGGAUCUGCUAAUUGGAGGGACAGAAACUAUUGCUGCUUUGCUUAACUGGACUGUGGCCUUCCUUUUACACAGGCCAGAGGUUCAGGAUAGAGUGUAUGAGGAGCUGUGCUGUGUGCUGGAUGUGCGAUACCCUCAGUACAGUGACCGACACAAACUGCCAUAUCUGUGUGCUCUGAUCAGUGAGAUGUUACGACUGCGACCUGUAGCUCCCCUCGCUGUGCCACACAGAGCCAUACGAAACAGCAGCAUUGCAGGGCAUUUCAUUGCCAAGAAUACAAUAAUCAUCCCCAAUCUGUAUGGUGCUCACCAUGAUCCAGAAGUCUGGGAUGAUCCAUAUAGCUUUAAACCAGAACGCUUUUUGGAAGGUGGUGGCGGGUCCCUUCGUUCUCUGAUAGCAUUUGGAGGAGGUGCCCGACUUUGUUUGGGAGAGGCGGUAGCCAAAAUGGAGAUGUUUCUCUUCACUGCGUACCUCCUGCGAGAGUUCAAGUUCCUGCCUGCCAGUAAAGAAGAUCCACUGCCUGAACUGCGAGGUGUCGCCAGCGUGGUUCUUAAAAUUAAACCAUAUACAGUUAUAGCACACCCCAGAGAACAGUAGAUGCUUAUGAGGAGAGAGUUGCAGUAAUUGCUGAUUUCACCACUCUAAUGUCAAUUCAUUUUUUUCAAUGGGUUGUUGGUUAAAUGUCUGGCUAGGUUUAUGGAUAAUAUUAGUUCAACAUUUAUUCUACAGCAUAAAAUACAUCAGUUGCAUGUACAGUAACUCACCAUUUUUCAAUGCAGUCUCAUGGCAUAUCUUAACUUUUUUUGUAUUCAUAUCUCAUUUAUAGAUUUAAUACAAUUCAUGUAUUCAUGUAUUCAUUAAAGGUGGGGUUUAGGGGUGCAACUCCUAGUGAAAUUGUUUGAAUUUGUAUGAUUUAGCCACUUUCUAAUAUAAAUACAAAAAUUUAUUUAGUUUCCAUCUGAGAUUGAGCUGUUUUUUUCAUGUGUCUUGAAAAAGGCAGUUUCUAACAAGCAGCUACAUGAGACUACAGAAGUUAAAAACGGGCAAGUAAUCUACUCGUGAGUUUACUUUUAAGACUUUAACUGUUGUUUAUACUCAUAAUCUUGCAACAUAUUCAAACUCAGACUUUAGAAGGUUUUGAAUGGAGAUUGAAAAUGUCAGAAAUGCUGGCCAUGUUGAAGUUAUGGUGUAGUUCAUUUAUAGCUCAAAUGUAGCGCUUUACUUUGGCUCUUGAGCAAGCUUCAAAAUUGACAUACUAGUUGUGUUCAUAAACUUAAAAUAUUGGUUAUAAAGUCAAUGAACAAAUAUAAUUUGUAUUAAGGGAAUUCUUGGGUGUUGUUAACAUCCGAACUGGCACAUAAAAAUGGGUCAUCCUUGUGGCAUAUGGCUAAAAACACUGUGCUGCUUUUGUAAUAGACAGAGACCAUCAUAAUUUAGGAUUUUUGGGGGUAAAUUAACAACAAGUUAUUGUACUGGUCUACAAUUCACAGAUGUUGUUUUAUUGUCUGUACCAAGCAUUUAAUUUUCAGAGAAAAUGCUAACUUUUAAAAUUUGACUAUUGGUUAAUAUGUUUAGCUAGACUGUGAUUUAUAUAUUAAAGAUAU